AUGAGCGCAUUGAGUGUUGCCUGUUCUGUCGCAGGUCUCCUCACUACAGGACUUGAGCUUGCCAAAGUCUUGGCCCCAUACAUCUUAGCAUUGAAGGAAACGCCCAGGAUUGCUACCCAUGUCCUCUCCGAGAUACGGGCUACCAACGUGAUACUUUCGGGGCUUCAAAAGCUUUUCACUAAGCUGUCUGACAUAUCCCCCAAGAGCGCUGCUCUGAUAGAGCUUGAAGAGUUGGUCGUCAUAUUGACCGAUGGCGUGCUAAUAUAUUCAGAGCUAGAGAGCGCUGUCGGGCCUCUUGUUGCAUCUGAUGCGCCCGACUCACGCCCUGCACUUAUCGCGCGGCUGCAGUGGACAAGGAAGGAGUCUCUGUUGGAGGCCAUUUUGAUGAGGCUGCAGGGGUUCAAAGGGUCCAUCACACUCGUUCUUGCUAUCCUCCAGACCGAUUCCCAUAUUCAAGCUGAAGAACAUCACGACAGACUCUCAAGAAACAUUAACACUCUCUUAGAGAAUGACGAAGAUCUUUGGCGGCGUGUGGGAGGGGUGGGACUUACGUCCGAGGAGAAUAAAACCUCAACUACUCAGGAUAAUGAAAACGCUCAGGCCGAGGAAAAAAUCGGUGACGCUACCGUCGACUUCGAGGUGAUUCCGUCAUGCGCUGCUCCAAGAGGUCCUCCUCAUCCCUUUGAACUGGAUCUCGAAGCGUCGCGUGUAUACCGCAUGGCAAAGCGAGACACAAUGGAUUUCUCAUUCCGAAGCUCGCUUGCUGGCAGCAUCGCCUGGUCUAUAUUCUCAGGCCUCAGCAUAAGCGACAUAUCAGCCGUGGCUGCCAUCGCCCUGCCGAUAAAGCCGAAAGAUCUCUCAAACGCCCACAGAUACGAGUUCAGCAACUCGCCAUGGAAUCCAGACACGACUGGCCAUCACCUCGGAAGUUGCUCUGGGACAAUAACCGAGGAAGAUCUGGAUAUCGAGAGAUCCAAGACAAUAAUUGGAACCAUUACUCCACUCUUGAGGCCUUGUGCUUCGUCUGAGUCUAUGUUUUUCUACACCCAAGGCAGCGCCAUCAUGCGUGUUCACCACAACACUCUUGCGAUGGAUACUCAGCUUCAACACCACAACAAUGACAUCAUAUUAAUCGAAAUAAACAACUCUAGUCGCAGAGAGUCGGGUAAAUACGUGUUUACCUAUGACAUGGGAGGCGUGGCAGUUGUGUGGAAUCUUGCAACAGGCAAGGAAGUGUCUCGGUUCGUCUCGCCACAACUGACAUGCGCUGCCUGGAUGAGAAAUGGACACUUGGUGCUCGGUAAUACCAAUGGUUGUCUGAUUUUCUUUGACCCCAUAACAACACAACACUUCCCGGUCACUACAUUCUCCGGCAUAGCGAUAUCUACAAUUGCACAGGCCGAAGAAUGUGAAUACAUAGCUAUUGGCUGUCAAACCGGGGCGGUUUUCAUAAUUACCCCUCUUCCCAACUUCUCGAUUCUGUACCAUGCAGCUCGCCGCCCACAGUUUUCUUUCCCAGUCGCAACACUUAGAUGGCACAGGACCCCGUCCCUACAGCAGAAAACCAUGUUAGCCGUGCAGUACAGCAACGGGGAUCUGCGAGUAUGGAGCAUGGGGAAGGUCUACUCCCCCGAAAACCCAAUAAAAACCGUACGGGUCUUGGAUAAAAAGGGAACUGACGAGAAUGCAAACGCCCAUUGGAUGGCGUGGUCAAAGAACGGAACUAUUGUUCAAUACUCAGAUUCGGAAACACUGGCCUGGGAUGUGCGCACCAAGUAUGUUACGCAGUACAACAUCCCGCUGCCUGAAGGUAUCCAAGGCAUGGCAGUAUACGGCCCCGAGGCAAGACUGUUUACAAUGGGACCCGACGACAAUAUCCAACAAUUCAACGUUAGAUAUCCGCCUACAUUAGUUGCGAGUGCCCAGCAUCCUCUUCCAUUCUUUUAG